UGGCCACUCAUCAGAGCCUUUAGGACCAGCCUCCCCCCACCCUCAGCUCCCUCCUAAAAAUGACAUUUUGCCGGCGUCUGCCCAGGGGCCUGAAUUUCACUUUGUAACUUUCUGCGGAACCCGAGCCGGGGUGGCAGCUCCGGUGGUGGUAUCGUAUGCAAAUACGCAUGCUGACGUUACAGAUCAUGUGGGUUUUGGCGUAGAUUCCCCACUGAUCGAGGCAUUUUUCCCCCUUUUUUUUUCUUUUUUCUUUUUUUUUUCUUUUCUUUUUCUUUUUUUCCCCCCCUUUUAAAAAUUUCGGCCAACCGUUCUCCGUACGGGGGCCUUUUCUGUCUGUCUGUCUGUCUGCCAGGCUGGCUUUCCCCACCACCACCACCUCUUUCCCACGGAGCCCGAGUCGGGCGCCGGGUGGGGAGUGGGGAGUGGGUGGGGGGAGCCAGCAGAGUUCCAUUUUGGAACGCCCGUGCCUCGUCUCCGCGUUCCCAGCCCGGGUCCCCGCGUUCCCAACCCCGGCGCAGGUCUCCACGCACCGGCUGCUCUGGGAAUCCGGCUGCAAGAUUCCCAGGAUGUAAGCAACACGGAGCAGACACUGACAUGAAGCUGCCUGGUGUGCCCGGAGAUUGGUACAGUUACGAUUUUCUGUGCUGAAACCGUUCUGAAAACUCCAACAGAAGACUUCAGUGUUCAAGGCAAGCCAAAGGCAUUUGAGAGGGAAUUAAAGCCAAAAGCCAAGAAUUUCACUGUCCUGGCCCCACCCACUCCGAAAAGAAGUCAUUGCCCACCGGCCAGGCAGCAAUGGCAAGCAAGCGGAAAUCUACGACUCCGUGCAUGGUCCGGACAUCACAAGUAGUCGAACAGGACAUGCUGGAGGAGACAGACAGGGCCAAAGACAAAGGAAUGGGCAUGCCGCCAUCCGAUGUGGCCAAGGACAGCUGGGCAGCAGAACCUGAAAACUCGUCCAAAGAAAAUGAAGUGGUAGAGAUGAAAUCUAUGGGGGAAAACCAGUCCAAAAAACUCCAGGGUGGUUAUGAGUGCAAAUAUUGCCCUUAUUCCACACAGAAUCUGAACGAGUUCACAGAACACGUCGACAUGCAGCACCCCAAUGUGAUUCUCAACCCCCUCUACGUGUGUGCCGAAUGUAACUUCACAACCAAAAAGUAUGACUCCUUAUCUGACCACAACACCAAGUUCCAUCCGGGGGAGACCAACUUCAAGCUGAAAUUGAUCAAGCGUAAUAAUCAAACGGUCCUGGAACAGUCCAUCGAAACCACCAACCACGUUAUGUCCCUCGCGGCCGGUGGUCCUGGAAGUGGUGACAAUGACCCCGGGGUCUCCAUGGGUAAAAUCCCCACGAUGAAGACAGGAAAAUCAAAGGCAGAUGCCAAGAAAGUGCCCAAGAAGCCUGACGAGGCUGCCCCGGAAAACCACAUGGAAGGGACUGCCCGCCUGGUGACGGAUACAGCUGAGAUCCUGUCCAGACUUGGAAGUGUGGAGCUCCUUCAAGAUUCACUGGGACACGUCAUGCCUUCCGUACAGCUGCCACCAAAUAUCAACCUUGUCCCCAAGGUCCCCGUCCCUCUGAACACUACCAAAUACAACUCUGCCCUGGACACAAAUGCCACCAUGAUCAACUCCUUCAACAAGUUCCCUUACCCCACCCAGGCUGAGCUCUCUUGGCUAACAGCUGCCUCUAAACACCCAGAGGAGCACAUCAGAAUCUGGUUUGCCACCCAGCGCUUAAAACACGGCAUCAGCUGGUCCCCGGAAGAAGUGGAGGAAGCCCGAAAGAAGAUGUUUAAUGGUACCAUUCAGUCAGUACCCCCGACCAUCACUGUGCUUCCUGCUCAGCUGGCCCCCACAAAAAUGUCACAGCCCAUCCUCCAGACAGCCCUGCCGUGCCAGAUCCUCGGCCAGCCCAGCCUGGUGCUGACUCAAGUGACGAGUGGGUCGACGACCGUCUCUUGCUCCCCCAUCACACUUGCGGUGGCAGGAGUGACCAACCAUGGCCAGAAGAGACCUUUGGUGACGCCUCAAGCUACCCCUGAGCCGAAGCGUCCACACAUCGCCCAGGUGCCAGAGCCUCCACCCAAGGUGGCCAACACGCCCCUCACCCCAGCUAGCGACCGCAAGAAGACGAAGUUGCAGAUUGCGCACCUCAAGGCAAGCUUUUUACAGAGCCAGUUCCCUGACGAUGCUGAGGUCUACCGCCUCAUUGAGGUGACAGGCCUUGCCAGGAGCGAAAUCAAGAAGUGGUUCAGUGACCAUCGUUACCGGUGUCAGAGGGGCAUUGUCCAUAUCACCAGCGAAUCCCUUGCCAAAGACCAGAUGGCCAUUGCAGGCACCCGACACGGUCGCACCUAUCAUGUAUACCCCGACUUUGCCCCCCAGAAGUUCAAAGAGAAAAGCCAGGGACAGUUGAAAACCCUGGAAGACAGCUUUCUGAAAAGCUCUUUUCCCACCCAGGCAGAAGUGGAGCGGCUGAGGGUGGAGACCAAGCUGAGCAGGAGGGAAAUCGACUCCUGGUUCUCAGAGAGGCGCAAGCUUCGAGACAGCAUGGAGCAGGCCGUCUUGGAUUCCAUGGGGUCCAGCAAAAAAGGAUCAGACAUGGUAGCCCCCAAUGGUGCUCUAUCUCGCCUGGACCAGCUCUCCGGUGCACAGUUAGCUGGUUCUCUGCCCAGCCCUUCAUCAGCAAUUAUACAAAAUCAAGAACAGAUUCACCUGCUCAGGAGCACUUUCGCGAGAACCCAGUGGCCCACGCCUCAGGAGUACGACCAGUUAGCGGCCAAGACCGGGCUGGUCCGAACUGAGAUUGUGCGCUGGUUCAAGGAGAACAGAUGCUUACUAAAAACUGGAACCUUGAGUUGGCUGGAGCAGUACCAACAGCAUCACCUGGCGGAUGACCACGGCCGUGAUAUCGUAUCAAGAAAAGCGGCGAAACAAGUUGCUGAGAGCCCAAAGAAUGGAAGCGAGGUGGCUCAACAGUACGCCAAGGACCCCAGAGCGCUCUGCGAGGAGGACUCCGACAAGCUGGUCCCCAGGGUGAAAAUGGGUGGCGAGCAAGCUAAGGACUGUGUGGCGGGCAAGCCCUCAGAGGCCGCCUCAGACAGGUCAGAGGGCAGCAGCCGCGAUGGCCAGGGCAGUGAGGACAACGAGGAGUCAGGCAUCGUGGACUUUGUGGAAGUGACGGUCGGAGAGGAGGACGCCAUCUCUGAGAAGUGGGGGAGCUGGAGUCAGAGAGUGGCGGAAGGCACAGCAGACCGGGCCGACUCGGACUCGGACAGCGCCCCUGCCGAGGCGGGCCACGCCUAGACAGGGCACUCGGUCUGAACUUCCGUACUGGCAUCGGGGAUGCUCUCUGUCUUUGAAGAAGGAAGAAAGCCCGCCCCAGCGGCUGUGGGCCGUCUCACCAGCGACUCGGAGCGGAAGUGCUUUAGUGGCGCAUGUGGCGCGUGCCUGGAGGCCACGGGAACUUCGAAGCUCUCAGUGGCCCUCCCAGAGGCCGGGUGGGAAUUGUUGUUCAUAGUGCCAAAGUCCUACUACUGCGUUUUCAAUGGGUCCCUGUACAUAGUCUCUUGCCUCUGCCCCCACCCCACCUCUUGCUAUACUGGAACCGAUUUAUACAAUGUGGGAAUUUUGUUACCUUUUUAAUCGAGGGCAACUUCCUUUUCCAGCACUUCCGUGGUAAGGUGUUUGCUUUUUUUUUUCUCCCCCAGGAAGGAGGGCUAACCACAUUACAUUGCUUUUCUCUUUUUUCUUUUCACUUUAUUAACAAGGGGGAGGGAGUAUUAGUAUUAGCGCCACUAUAUCUACUGGAUUUUAGGUAGGAAGAAUUUCUUUCUUUUUUUAAGGUAGUUUGGCAUUUGGGAGAUGUCUUUGUGGGAAGGGCUGAGGUUGGUCCUCUGGCUCAACAUUGGAUGGGUUCACAAAUAGCAGGCCUUCCGCGUCAAGCCCAUUCCCAGUUUCCCCGGCUGCCUUUUGGGGACCUUGCCUCAGCCCGAUGCCAAGAGGUGGGUCUGGCUUCUCAACUGCUUGGAUAAUUGGGGAGCGGGUGUCUGCCCUCUUUACAAAUCUUUUUUAAAUACCAGCAGAAAGGGCUCCCACACUUGAUGAUGCCAUCAUUACUCUUAGGAAAUGAAAAGAGUGGUCUUUCGGCCCCCGCUCGCACAAAGGUGAACAUCUCUGGGUUUCUUUGCUCAUCCUCACUGCCUUUUCUUGGUGUGGCAUUUGACAAGAUUUCAGCUCGAAGCCUCACUAUCAACUGAUUUUAUUUUUGUUCGUGUGUGUGUAUGUGUGUGUGUGUGUGUGUGUGUGUGUGUGUGUGUGUGUGUGUUUGGGCCAAUUUUAGAUACCUGAGUGCACUUUUUUUUUAGUUAGUUGUAACUUUGAAAGAAGGAAAGCCAAGAGAUCUAUCUCGUAUAAAUGUCUCGACGUGGAUUCUGUUUGCUGUCCUUGUCCCCUUCCCCUCCCCAGCCCUGUGACCCCACGAUACACUGCACAAAUAAAAUACUAGGGAGUUUGAAUAAAAGCAGUUUUUCUAACUUGUUUCUCAUUUGUUGUAACUCAAUAAAGCAAAGACUAAACAUUUUUAUAACCUU